ACGCGAUCCGCUAUUUUUCUGCGACUAGUUUUCUGUUGUUGCCAUUUUUUUGUAUUCAGCGAGAUAAAAACACUUAAAGGCUUUCAGUCACGAGUGUCACGAUGAAGAUCUUUGCUCUGCUCUGUGUUUUUCUUCUUUAUGGGGCUUUGCCUUCACUUCAAGCAGAGAAACACUCCCUGUAUUACAUUUACACCGGUUUGUCCAAACCUGUCGAUCUGCCGGGCAUCUAUCAGUUUAGUGCUAUGGGUCUGCUAGACGACAGACAGAUCGACUAUUACAACAGCAAAGAUCAGAGGAAGAUUCCCAAACAGAACUGGAUAAAGGAGAAAAUGCAGGAGGAUUACUGGGAAAAAGGCACCCAGUCGAGAAAGAGCAAAGAACAGUGGUUUAAUGUGAAUAUCGACAUUCUAAUGAAACGCAUGGGACACAAUGAAUCAGAUCUUCAUGUUCUUCAGUGGAGACACGGUUGUGAAGUUGAGCAGGACGGAGAUGAAGUGAAGUUUUCCAAAGGCAUUAGCGAGUACGGCUUUGAUGGAGAGGACUUGAUGUUUUUUGAUAUUAAGGAGUCUCAGUGGGUCGCCACAGUUGAUGCAGCUCUUCCAACUAAGAGGAAAUGGGAUAAUGUGCCGAUCCUAAACCAGUACACCAAAGGAUACCUGGAGAAAGAGUGUUUGGACUGGCUCAACAAAUUCAGAGAAUAUGCAGACGAGGAUCUCAGAAACAGCUCUCUUCCAGAUGUUCAUCUGUUUGGAAAGAAGACCAGUGAUGACAGAUCCAAGAUGAAACUCACCUGUAUGGCCACUGGCUUCUUCCCCAAAGAUGUGCAGUUGACCAUUAUGAAAAAUCAGAAACAUCUGCCUGAUGAUGAGAUUGAAUCCACAGGAGUUCGACCAAACCAUGAUGGAUCCUACCAGAUGAGGAAGAGUGUGGAGAUCAAGGAGGAAGAAAAAGCAGAAUAUGAUUGUUCUGUGCAGCACAGAAACCUCCGGCAACCAAUUCUCAUCAAGGGGGGUAAUUAAAGCAGUGUAGAAACAGAA